AAAUUUCUUCAACUCCCAAUUUCCAUCUAGCCUCUGUCUCUUAAUUCUCGCAAGAAGAAUUUCAAGAACUGUCUUUUACCAUUAUUAGUAGAUCAGAGAAGAGAGAGAGUGGACGACAGAGCUGUCAGGGACCCCCCCAUUGCACUUGAUUACAAGAAUUUUCUUUCACCAUUUCUCCUUGCCUCAGAGUUUGAAACUGCCCUGUUUCUUUGCUGCUGAUAGUUCCAUGGGCUCUUCCUAGUUUCUGGGCUUCUCGUUUCUUCUCAAGGUUUCUGUUCCGAUUGGCAAGAAGGAAAGGAGAGUAAGUGAAGAAAAAGUAUAAAGUAAAUCAUUAUGUACAGACAGUCCCCCAACAGGAAUAGAUCCAAAGGGAUCAACACUAGGCACGUUCUGCAAAUUUGUCUGUUGCUUGCUGUUUGCUUUUGGUUGAUUUACCAAGUCAAACAUUCCCAUGACAAGAAAAAAGAAUUUGAUGAAAGUGAUGCAAAAGCCUCAGUUCAAAGAGCGAGUAAUAAUGAAUAUAUCAAACUUGGAAGAAAAGUUAUCGAAACCCGAGUGGAGGGAAGGGCUUCAAAGAAUGAGAAGCAUGAUGAACUGGAAGAAGAAGAUGAAACCAAUGACGUAGAUGAAAAUAAGCCUGAUGAAGAUGAGCCAGAAGAUAAGAAAGUUGAAGGAAAGGAGAACGAAGGGACGGGAGGUGGAGAUCAGCAUGAAGAAGAGAAAUCUGAUGCAAAUGUUGAUAGAGAAGAUGAGCGUGAAACAGUGAAAUCAGAUGCAAAAGUUGAUAGAGAAGAGGAUUUGGUGGACGAGAAGGAGAAGGAAGACGGUGGUGAUGAGAAUGAAGCACAAGAAAUAGAUCCUGAAGACGGUCAUGGUCAAACGGAGAAGGAAAAUUCCGAGGAGGACACUGAUCAUGAUGGAGAAGAUACAAAUACCCAUGAAGCACGCGAGGAACAUUACAAAGCGGAUGAUGCUUCUAGUGCUGUCACUCAUGAUACCCAAAUGGCAACUACUGAAAGUGAGAAUGAACACGUGGAGAACUCAAAUGAACACCCUGAAAAUGUUUCACAAGAAGAGAAUAACAGUGAAGAAACUAAUGAAGCCGAGAACAGCAAAGAUUUAGAGGAGGAAGGUGAUGAAAUGGCUAGAGAUGAUCAGUCAAAUAUAACAAGCAGGGAAACCAAGGUAGAUACGCCGGACAACUCUGAGGAUGAUUCAUCUCCAGAUAACACAGGAACAGAAGGGUCCAAUGAUCAAUUAGAGAAUCAGGACCUGUCCUCACAAAAUGUAACAGAGAGCGAGCCCGAGUUAGAUCAAGCUCAGGGAAAUCUUGUUGAGGGUAAUGCUGAAAACGAAGAUGCAGAGUCAGAGCCCGAGGAGAUCUCUGAUUCAUCUAAUGAUGAUACAGAGUCUUCAGCAUCCAAAAGUAUCACUACAUCAGAGGUUCUUGUGGAAGCUGGGAAUAACACUGAAUCAUCAUCAGAAAAGAAUGACGAGACUGAGGAUGAGAAAACAGAUAGAAAUGAUGGUACAGAUGAAGUCUCGGACUCUACCACUAAUGAAAAUCCUGAAGAAGUUCAACAUGACAAUAUUGAUAUAUCUGAUACUUCCAACUCCUUGGAGGAGAAAGAUGUUCGCACGGAUCUCGAGACUCUUCCCGAGACACAAAGUGAAGGUACUGAUAGUGAAGAUGCUGCAGAAGAAUGACAGGUAUGGGGUAGAAAGGUGCCAUUAGAUCCAUCAGUUUCCAUGAAUUGAAGUUUCAGCCUCGUUUUCCUCUCAGACAUCAGGCUCUCGCAGUAUCUCUUUUGGUGUGUGAUGAUAUAUUUACUAUGUCUAUGUGGGGUUUUCACUUCAAACUUUGCAGGUACAUUCGAGGCAAGUUGAGGGUAGCUAGUUUCUCUUAUACACUGUAUAAUCAAUUAUCUGGUUUGCAUUAUAUUAGAAUUCUGUUUCCUCGUAUUCUUGUUCUUUUGUUUCUUCAACAUUUUAUACGCUAUAGGAUUGUGUAUAUCCUGCAGAAAUUCAAACCGGAUAGUGUAUUUGCUCGGUAUUAUAUGAACCGCCAUAUUUUUUGAUUCA